UUUAAUUCCUACUUUGCAAAUAUUCCUAAUUCUCUACUCCUUCACUCCAGCCUCCAAGUCUAGAGCGACCGAACCGGAGUCCACAAUCCAAACUUAAUCAGGUUCACUCUAAUGGUUUCUGCGGAGCUAGUGGCGCUGAGUGCAUAAUAUCAGAACAAUUCGUUCCUUUAAGCAGUCCUGAUGAGUAAAGUAAGUUUUGUUUGACAUAUCGACAAUGAAUUUCAUAACCAUUUUGCGGCAACAGAGGAUCAUUAGUGCAAUUCAUCCAACAGUUGUUAUAUCUUUGUACAAACAAAGUAUUGAUUCAUGUCACAGUUUUUGCUCAAAAGUAUCCGAUGCAAAUGAGAACUCAAAAUCAAAAAGAGAAGAAAGGUUGGUAGAUCAGGGAAUGUUGGCAACAAGGAACAGCUUAAGUCAAAGAAUUGAAAGUGUACCCAAAGGAGAGUACAUCGGAUCCGCUUUCCAAAGCUGGAUGGGUGAUGGUCUACCUAUUCAUAGAGGUGAUAUUUUCCAUACUAUCAAUCGUUUGCGCAAGCUCAAAUUCAUCAAGCGCGGUCUUGAGGUUCUUUUACUCUGCCCCCUCUUGCCAAAUCUGAACACGGGCAUUUUACCUAUUAUGAAUUACGUGAAAUAUUCAACCUACUGAGAAAAUCACUACAGUGCACUUACUCGAUGUGCUUGUUUGAGAAAUCUAAGUCUAAGGGGUAAUAGUAGUGAUGUUAUUACGGAAAGAGGAAAACUUUGUCUUGCACAGUUCUGUCACAUGUUUCAGGUGAUGGAAUGGGUUAUAAGGGAGAGACCUUACAGACCAAAGGAACUAGAUUACUCAUAUUUACUAGAAUUCACUUCUAAGCUUCAUGGGAUAUCACAAGCUGAAAGCCUUUUCUCACGAAUACCAUCUGAGUUCCAAAAUGAGUUGCUCUACAACAAUCUUAUACUUGGGUGCUUGAACAGAGGCCUAAUAAGGCUUUCACUAGCAUAUAUGAAGAAAAUGAGAGAGCUGGGUCAUCCCAUAUCUUAUUUGGUGUUCAACCAUCUCAUUAUUCUCCACUCCUCCCCAAGCCGCAAGAAGUCCAUACCUAAAAUCCUGACGCAGAUGAAAGCCGAUAAGGUCAUUCCACAUGCCUCGACCUUUAAUAUUCUGCUCAAGAUAGAAGCAAAUGAACACAAUAUUGAACGCCUGUUAAAAGUAUUCGGUGACAUGAAUAGAGCAAAAGUUGAACCGAAUGAGGUAUCAUACUGCAUAUUGGCCACUGCACAUGCUGUGGCUAGGUUAUAUACAGUUUGUGAGACCUAUGUUGAAGCUCUUGAGAAGUCUGCAACUGGACGAAACUGGUCUACAUUGGACAUUCUUAUCAUACUUUAUGGGUAUUUGGGGAAGCGGAAUGAUUUGGAGAGGAUAUGGGGCAUCAUUAUGGAGCUGUCCCAUGUCAGGUCUAAGAGUUAUGUCCUGGCGAUCGAAGCAUUUGGUAGGAUCGGAGAUAUCUGUCGUGCUGAAGAGCUAUGGUCCGAAAUGAAAUCAAGGAAUUCUUUGAAGUCAAACGAGCAGUUCAAUUCUUUGAUAGCUGUAUACUGCAGACAUGGACUUAUCACCAAAGCCACUGCAUUGUAUAAGGAGAUGGAGAAAAGUGGGUGCAAGCCAAAUGCCAUUACUUAUCGGCAUCUUGCUCUUGGUUGCUUGACAGCGGGGUUAAUUAAGGAGGCUAUUAAAACUCUUCAACUGGGGAUGGAUAUGACAGCAAGCAUAAAGGUCAAAAGAUCAACUCCAUGGUUGGAGACUACUCUUUCAAUAAUCGAAAUAUUUGCAGAUAAUGGUGACGUAGAGAAUGCUGAAAAGGUGUUUAAAGAACUGAAGAAAGCAAAUUAUACUAGGUAUACCUUUGUGUACAAUACGUUAAUUAAGGCGUAUGUUAAGGGGAAGGUAUAUGAUCCAAAUCUACUUAAAAGAAUGAUUCUUGGAGGGGCGAGGCCAGAUUCUGAAACCUAUAGCCUUUUAAAAGUUGUUGACCAAUUUCGGAUGUGAUUAUAUUAGAAUUAUUUUAUAUGCUUUUAUACUGGUGGUUCAAGAACUCAGCUAAGAGUAAGCCUAUUUUUCCAUUUGCUGAAGAUAACCAUACUUAACGUGCCCCUUUUGUUCGAGUCUUGGAGAGAUGGUGGCAGGUUAGACAAGUUACACUAUAUUACAUAGAUACUUGGAGAGAUGGUUGUACAUCGUCCUAUGGAUGAAGUUCCUGAGCAUCAAGAGUACUUGAGGAGAGCACCUAUGAUAGGAAUGCCACUGCAGACAAAUCAUCGGAUAAGGUUAGACCAACUUAAAGAACUUGAUCUUACACCACUUAGUAUGCAUGAAUCUGCAUAUGUAUUUUUAACAUGUUUAUUUAAUAGGAUUUUUGGAAUAUAACUCCAUUGUGAGAUGAUCAUGUUAUUAGAUGUCAUAAUUUGCCCUUUGAAUGCAUUCUCUUAUCCAAUUUCAAAUAUAAAAUGGCAAUUUGAAGUACAGAAGAAUAAUGGCUGUGUCUCAUGCCAUCUUUUAACUGAUUUAAGACCUUUAUUUGCUUAUCUCGGUCCGUCUCUAGAAGUUUGAUUCAUUAACAAAGUGCAGGCUAAUCUUUUUGUAGUACCAUGUGCAUUUAUCUUCUUGGUAGUUACUAUGUUGUGAUGUUAUCUUACUGAGACUUUCUACCUGCUAUGACCAAUUAUAAAAGCAAGAUGUUAUGUACUAUUUUGCAAGAAAAAACUAAAGAUUUUAAAAAUUCCAUGGUUAGCGUCGUCUUAUUAAGCAGUCAUAAUGUUUUUUUUUUUGCAAGCAAAACCAAAGAUUUUGAAAAAUUCUUUAUGUUAGCAAUUACUCCGUUUGUAUUUGCUAUAUAUAGGACUGCUGCUGAGAUGCUGCGUAGCUUUAGUAAAGAUGAAGAAACAAGUUCUUUUGAGAGUUAAAAGAUUUGCUUUUGACAGAAGAAAAAUAGCAGGUCCAUUAGUUUUUAAGAUAUUUGUUGGAUCUCAGUGUCGAUGGUACUCUUUCUGAUUCGUACAGUUCAAAGCAACUUGAAUUCACUCGUCUUUACUCCAGCAUUUGAAGAGAUUCUUCAGGACUUGUAUAGUUCAAAAUAUUUGUAUCCAAUUUUGUAGCUUGAUGCUGAAAUAGGAAUACUGUGCGUAAUCUUUAUUGUCAUUCAGCUUAAAGUAAGGUACUUCCACUGUACAAAAGAGGAGACCAUCUCUCUAUUUGUGUCAUCCUUGCGCAGGGGCAAGCUUAUCUACUAUGUAUCGUUCCAGUUUUAUCAGAUGUUUCGGAAAGACUUAUGCAAAAGAGGAGGGUUUACCAAAAUAAACCUCCCUUGCUGCUGCAAUAGCUUGAUGAUCUCUUCAAUUGAAUCUAAGUAAAUGCAUCACUCUCAUUUCAGUGAAGACUGUGCCCUCUGAAGGGCAGAUGUGGAUAUGAACCAAUAAACAAUAGCAACAUGGCAAUUUUAAAUAGGAAUUUGUUUCUCUUCAUAGAAUCUAAAUCCUAUUUGUAUGAUUGAUUGUUAAAAGUCUUUUUAUAUUCAUAGUAGUGUGUAUGUUUGGAUAUAGUAGGAAUUCUGUGUAUAAAAGCACCAGGGAGGCCCUGGGCCCUAGUCCAAAUAUAAUAGCUUACAGGAGUUGCAAGAGUGAAGAUACUAAAGUGAUAUGACAUUUCUGGUCACCUUUUCUCUUUUUUAGGACUCUCAAUUACAGAGGUAUGAUAAUAGAAAAUUAAUGA